AUGAUCCUAGGACGUCUCCUAAGUCCCUCCCCACGUGCUGCAGAGCCUUCUCCACACUUCUGUCCAAACCUCCCUCUGAAGACUGUCCUCAGUGCCUCUGACUCCCUCUCAGCCCAUGUUUUCCUGAGGCUCCGACCGGUCCUCUCAUUCCUUCCUGAAGAUGUCAGCCGUCAUGGCCAUCUCCUGCCCGACCUUCAGAAAUGUGAGUUCAUUCCUUCAUCAGUUCUUCCUCAGUACCUGGAGAAUUCCCAUCCUGCACAGACUUCUCUGGGCAUGAUUUCAGGCACUGGGUACAGAACCACUCAGUGUCCAUGCCCAUCACCCCCUGAACCCUUAGAGCUGGACCCCAUUGAACUCACUGUGCGGCUGAUGCAACUCCACGGUGACGCGUGUCAGGUUUUUGCCUGGUGA